UGACACAGCGGGUCAGUUCCGAGUUCGUGUCGUUUUGCGUGGGACUGUGGGAGUCUUUGCUCACGGCGCAAGUUAUCAUUAUAAUGUGUUAAGCGUUUUAAAACCUCCCCGCCUUCCGAGUGCCGAGUGCCGCCGAACGAAGCCUGGAUGUGGAUGUAGCUUCUUGUAUUACUUUCUACAUCCAUCGUCUUUCGGUCCCUGAACUUUUUUCUCCUUCCGUUUCAAUGGCGGCGAAAGAUAGUUCUGCUUCGGAAUCUUCUGCGGAUCAUACAGUCUUCGUGGACACCAAUCUGGAUACACAUUUCGCCAUGAUCGUCUCAGCUGAGGAUACUGUCACCGACCUCAAAAUGAAAAUAAUGGUUGAACAUCUCCGUUGUUUUCCUAACAUUGGGGAGAUAACAAUUGAUGCUUUAAAGAUAAAGCGUAGAAGGUGCUUCUAUCACCUAGUAGAUUCUAUGCUUGUUAGAAGUGCUUUCCAUGGUGUUACAAAGAGCUGGUUUCUUCAAAUUGAUGUUUCUCCUAGCAAAGCAGGGUUUAGAGAAUAUCUUAACUUCUUGGAGCCUGGUGCUAGUGACCAACUAGCCUGUGUUCGUGUUACAAAUGGUCCUUCAGCUGAAAGGACUACUCUACUAUCUGGUUGCCCUUCCAAGAAGAUGACCAUUGUUGAUUGUUCAUCAUUGCCACAAGUUGGAAGCAGCCAGGUUGUGAACCAGAAAGAUCACCCUAUUUUGCAGUUGUGUGCUGGCAAUACAGGUACAGAAGUGCCAAAGGAUCUGAGCAUUGGAGUGAAAAGUAAAGCUGAGGAGCAUUUCAAGUAUUCUUCUUCUGAAGCAAAUAAGGGGUCAGGUUCUGAAGCAGUGAAGAAAGGUAAUCUACUUAGCCAGGGCAAGGAAGAUUCAGGAACUCAUACUCCACAGAAGGAUACGACUGAAAAUAGGAUUUUGGACAUGAAGUGUGAUGGCAUGGUGGGAGAUUCCUUAGCAGAUGGGGCUGUUGCAAAGAAAGAAAAUAGUGUUAACAAUGCCAUGGAUGUUCCUUUGAAAGACCAUGAUGUUGGGAGAUCCGAACUGGAAAAUACCCUCAAGAACACAUUGAAGGUUAGCAAGAAAGUUAAAGAUACUUAUUUGGUUGACUUAUCUACUAAGCUCUUGGACGAUGAUCAUUUGCUUUCAACUAGUCUAAGUAAUGAGAAUAAGAAAAGGAGAAAGAAAAAGAAAUCAAGUUUUACUGAUGAGGUAAAUUCCACAGUCCCUUCAUCUGUGGAAAAUGUCAAGCAGGAUAUUUCUAAGAAAGCAUUUGAAGGAAACCAAAAGGACAUGGGCAAAGAAUCUGAUGCAGUAGUCCUUCCUGAACAAACUUUUGCUGUUGCAUCUCCAACAAAUCUUAGUGCUAUCAUUGAGAAGCAAAAGCCAUCUGUUCCAGUUGAAGAGGUGCCUGCUUCUGAUCAAGUAGUGGCAUCUGAAGCUAAAAAAACAAAAAAGUUGAAGAAGCGCCACCGUGCUGAUGCAAAUUGCCUUAAUGAUCCUUUAGUUGGUGAAACAGACAACUUCUCAAAGGAUUUAGUGGGUGAGAAUGCUGUUCCUGAUGAUGAUAAUUUUGUAACCAAUAGGCCAGGUAAAACUGAGGGGGUGGAGAAUUCAUUGUCAAGGAAUGGGGUUCAUAAAAUGAUGCCAUCAGAAGUACCCAAUUCCGAGAAUGAUUCACUGGUACAAGAUGACAGAGAAAUGAGUAUGAAAGAUAAAUUUGUGUUGUCUAAGUUGUUCAACACUUCUGUUAUCUCAGAGAUUGGUGAUAAAAGAAGAAAGAAAAACAAAGUGAAGGAUUCUGAUGCGAAGAGCCUUGCUUUAUCUUCAGGUGUAAAAAAUGCUAGAAAUGAUGGAGAUGUUAUUCCUUUAAGAGUUGAACCUCAUAAAGCCUUAACCAGUAAUUACCCUGGUGAUGAAAGUGAUAGAGAGCAUAGCAUCAUUUCCCGGACUAAAAGAGAAAAACUAUCUAAAGCAAGGACACCAGAUACUUCAUUGUUGGGAACUGACCAAGAAGCUGAUAAGGUGAUUGGAGGUGAUGUCUCUUUACCUCUAACUCAAAUCAACAAAAUCCUAGAGACUUCUGAUGAUUGUAAUGAUAAUGUAAGAACGAAGAAUUUGUUGUCUCAAAGCUGUGAUCCUAAAGCAAUGCCAUCAGAAAUACCCACUGCUAAGUCAGGUUCAUUUGUUCAGUAUGAAGCAAAAUUAAACAUGAAAAACAUUGCUCUGUCUAGGUUGUUGGAUACCUCUGGUAUCUCAGGGACCAGUGAACUUAGUAGUAAAUUAAGAAAAAAGUCAAAGAAAGCCAAGCAUUCUGAUGUGAAGAGCCACACCUUACCUUCAAGCAUAAGACAUGAUAGCAUUAAUGGGGAUGCCAUUCCUUCACAAUCUGAGCCUCAGAAGGAUGUCAGCAGUGAGCAUCCUGUUGAUGAAUCUGAGAAAGAGGGUAAAAUAGCACCAAAUGCUUCAUUAUUGGAUAUUGACAAGGAAGCUGAUAGGGUAGAUGAUGACUCUUCUCCUCUAGCAAAAAUCACCAAAAUCCAAGAUAUUGCUGAUGACAGUGGUGGUAAAGUAAAAAAGAAGUCAAAAAAGAUUCAUACUUCCAUUGCCAAAACCUCCUCAACUCUGCAGGUGAAAGAGCAUGAUUUUGGCACCGAAGAUCCUGAACCUUCAGUUGAUGAGAAGAAAGAAAAUAAUUCUGUAUCUAAAAAGACAAAAAGACAGAAGUUGGGGAAAACCAUUCAUGCAGAUCAGUUAACAGGAUCGACAUUAGAAGCCCAGGAAGGUAGUAAUAGUAAGAUCAGGGAUGAGUAUCCCCAGCUGUACCUGAUCUCUGGGACAAAUGGAUCUCCCGAUAUUCUACAUGAUGUCCGAGAAUGUUAUUCAGAGGGAAACCGUCAAGUAGUUAAUACUAAAAAUGAUUACCUUGUUAAUGACCAUGAAAAUAAAGGUAACAACAUGGAAGUUCCUGAGGUUGAUAGUGAUAGGGUCAACUUCAUUGACUACUUUGUGCAUAGCCAAAACCAGUGUGAAGUUGUUGCUCCUGCUAAAGACCUUGUUGGAAAGGAGAUUCAGACCAAGAAAUCAGAGGAGUUGCAAGUUAAUAAGAAAUCAAAAAGGCUUAAUUCUCAAAAUAAAGGUACCUCAUCAGAUUUAGAAAGCUCCUUCAAGUCAAGUGACAAACAGGGACAUAAAAUAAAUCCAGGCAGCCUAACUGAAAGAAUUCAAAUUCAAAGACCAUAUUCGGAGACUGAACAGAAUGUGCUAAUACCUUACCAUAAUGGGGUGAAGGGUCAAAUUUCUCAUUACCAGGAUGCAUUUGGUGCUGUUUCCAAUGAAAUCUCUGAGGGCAAGAAUUUUUAUUCUUCUGGGCUCAAUAACUCUUCGCGCUUACCGUUAACCCAAGGUCCACCUAGAGCAAGUUCUAACAAUAUGAAAGGAAAGAGUGCUACUAGAACUGCAUCAAGCUCUAGUCCAGAGGAAGGUGUUUACCAAAAUAAAGGGGGUAGAGAGCUUCAGCUACAGUCCAACAAUUAUCGGGUAGUUUCCAGAAAGGCUUCCGGAAAGAAAACGGGGGAGGUUCUUAACAGUUCUAACCAUGUGAAGAGCUUGCUAUCAACUCCAGGCACAAUUUUUAAGGAAAGUAGUAGCGAGACUUCUGAAGGUGAAGGUGAAAUAAAUGAUUCAGGGGCAAGCACCAAAAGUCCUUCGGAUAGUUCAUCCUCAUCUGAUUAUUCAGAAGGGAAAGACCCGGAUGUUGUGGAUUCACCACACAAUGGAUCCUACCGUGUGAAGGGGAAGGGAAAUGGUGGCAACAACAUGACUAUAUCACAGGUCUUGGGAGGGGUGAACUGGAUAUGGACCUCGGACUCAAAUCCACAUUCUCAUGCUUGCUAGCUACUUGGCCUGAGAUUUUACUAUUAUACCGUGCAAUAGCCCAUCUAUGACUUAUUUAUUAAUCAUAUUUUGACCAAACUCUCUCAAAUGAUAUUCAUAUUGUGUUAUUUUACUUGUGCCUUUUGCACCUCAGGCAUUGAAUCCCUAGCUCUUUUAUUGCGCAUCUCACUUUUAAACACUGGUCAGCCUGGGGCUAUCAUCACACUGAGCAAUGGCUCCACUUUGACUGUCCUAUAUAUUGUUCAUAUUUGUAUCAAAAUUGAAUUGAUUGAUCAAAAUUAUAUUGUGAACAAGCAGAAUGGUGGAAUUCUAAAACCUGCGGGAUCAAUUUGCAUUACAUUGAUCUAAACAGUCAUACUAGCAUAAGCUUUAGAGAGUGGGCUCUUAUUAAUAGAUCUCAUGAUAUGACUAAGAUAAGAAUGUGGAAUCUAAUUAAUGAGGUGUCAUAAGAAUUAACUCCAAGGAAUAAGUAUUGGCAGACAAUGUUCCUUACUUGUUGCAGCUAGGUAUGGGUGGAGCAAGCAAUCAUUUGUACUUAAAGGCCUUAAAUUCUUUUUAUUUUUGAACUGCUGCAUACCUUUUUCUUCAUCUAGGAGAUCCAUAAGGCGGCAGUUAAAAAUAGAGAAAAAAGUUGCCAAACAAGGAAUAAGGAGGGAAUCAGAAGAGGAAUAAAAACAAUAAAAAAUAAGUUUACAGCUUAGGCUAUGUGUUGGAGCAUUUCAAAUAGUUUAAGACUGUUGAAAGAGAAUUGUAGGAAUAACCCAAUCAUGAAAUGCCUUCAAGCGGUGAUUAGCGUGUUUUUCUUCGUUCAAUUUUUACAUGGAGAAUUGCUUGUAGAUUUUCAAGCAAGUUACUUGGCAAUGACUUAUGAAAGCAUGUAUUCAUGUGAAAACAAGCUGGUAGCUUCUGAACCCAAAUCCACCUAAACCUGAUCUAGUAUUGACAC